AUGGCGAACAGCUCGUUCCCGGGUACCAACCCCUUUCUCAAACUGUCCACCAAGGACGACAAAUCAUCAGCAUUUCACAAGAUCUCCGAAGACGAAGAGUAUGAGGUGACGUCACCAACCGACCCAACUUUUCGAACCAACAAGUCCGCCGCAAACGCUUCGUCGGGCGGGAACAACCCACUUGAGAGUGGUCGAGCUGGAGAGUCAGGAGAAGGAAUAAGAUUUGGGCGCGAUCCGUUCGGCGGUGGUUUCCAAGGAGGACAGGAAGGCCACGACGAAUCCUCCGCACCUCCCGAGGACUUGCGCCCGACAGGCGGCGCAAAUCAUGGAUUCCCCAAUAACUACGCACUUGGUCGUCGAACUUCUGUGUCUGCCGAAUCUUUGAAUCCUACUUCAGCAGGCUCAGACAGCUGGACACCGCCCCACCAUGCGAAGACCGAAGAGCAGCUCAGCCGCUUGAAGACAGCCGUCAGUAACAACUUCCUCUUUUCGCACUUGGAUGACGAACAAUUCAAGACAGUGCUGGACGCUUUGGUUGAAAAGCCGAUACCAGCAAAGGGUAUCAAGGUGAUCUCGCAAGGCGAUGCCGGCGAUUAUUUCUACAUUGUCGAGGAAGGUCACUUUGAUGUUUAUAUCAACCCAUCCGGCUCCGUACAGCCGGGUCCGGAUGGAAUGGGAAACAAGGUCAGCACGAUUGGUCCCGGAGGCUCGUUUGGUGAGCUGGCUUUGAUGUACAAUGCACCCCGUGCGGCGACUAUUGCGUCGGCGGACAACAGAAGCACCCUUUGGGCUUUGGACCGAAUUACCUUUAGGCGCAUUCUCAUGGACUCGGCAUUCCAAAGGCGACGCAUGUACGAGGCUUUCUUGGAAGAGGUUCCUCUUCUUUCGAGUCUCAAACCUUAUGAGCGUGCAAAGAUCGCUGACGCACUCGAUACAAUUAAGUAUUCUGCUGGGUCCACGAUCAUUUCAGAAGGUGACCCUGGCGAUGCUUUCUACCUUUUGGAGUCUGGUGAAGCGGAAGCUUUCAAGAAUGGCCUAGAAGGGCCAGUCAAGAAUUACAAACGGGGUGAUUUCUUUGGUGAGCUUGCUUUGUUGGACGAAAAGCCCCGGGCAGCCAGCAUCGUUGCUCGAACUGAAGUCAAGGUCGCCAGGCUCGGCCGUGACGGUUUCAAACGUCUUCUUGGGCCCGUGGAAGAGAUCAUGAGAAGGGCGGAAUAUGAAGAGAAGCCAUCCACGUGA